UUGCAAAUUUGGAAAGUCACCUCAUUUGUCUUCCUCCUUCAAAGCUUUUCUAGGAGAGAUAGAGAGAGGAGACAAAAAAAAAGACAAAAACCCCAUCUCAGAACAAAAAAAAAAAGAAUCUUUUCUUAAAAAGUUUACUCCUUUUUAUCUUGUUCUAUCAUUGGUCUUCAAGUUCAUUUUUGACAAUUAGUCCAUCAAUCUGAAUUGCCACAAAAACCAGAAAUUGACCCUUCUCAGAAAAAUCUAAUCUUUCAAGUUUUUAACACUUCUUUUCUUGGUCCAUCAAUCUGAAUUCUCAUAAAGGAGACAACUUUCCAAGAAAAUUUGCAACCCCAUUUCAUAAAAAUCUGAUCUUUUUCUAGUUUCAUCUUAGUUUUCAGCUCAAUUGUCAAUUGUUCCAUCAAUCUUGAAGUACCAAAAAUCCAAGAUUUUGUUAGGGGAAAUGAGGGAAGAAGAUUCCAAUUGGUUUGCUAAAUGGGAAGAAGAAUUGCCUUCUCCAAAGGAACUAAUGCCUUUAUCCCAAACCUUAAUUACUCCUAAUCUAGCUAUAGCUUUUGAUAUUCAAAACCCCAAUACCCCAAAUCCCAAAAUAUCACCACUAGUUCAUACUCUUUCAUCAGCCGAGUUCGAGUCGAACUCGGCUGAGUUGGGUGGCAUGGCAGGUUCAUCGGGGGUUGGUGAUGAACCUGCCCGCACCCAAAAAAGGCCUAGGCUUGUGUGGACACCACAGCUACAUAAAAGGUUUGUGGAUGCAGUUGCACAAUUGGGGAUCAAGAAUGCUGUUCCCAAGACUAUAAUGCAGUUGAUGAGUGUAGAUGGCUUAACUCGUGAGAAUGUUGCUAGUCAUUUGCAGAAAUAUAGGCUUUAUUUGAAACGUAUGCAGGGUUUUUCUAAUAGUGGCAGUGUUUACGGGGCAGGGGUGGAUCCCGCAACAGAUCAUCUGUUUGCGAGUUCACCCGUGCCUGCUCAUUUUUUGCAUCCAGGGAGGGGAAAUUCUGAUCAUUACAUGCCAUUUGUGCCAGUGGCUGCAGUUAUUGGACAUGCUCCACAACUUCAGCAACAGUAUAGGCAUUUCGGGUCACCGCCCAACGGGCAGUUUGAGGUUCCAUUCUUGCCCCGGCAGUCGCAGCAGCCGGUUCAGAGAAUGGGGACAUCAGUGCAUAAUAGUAGUUCUGUGUUGGAGUCAGCUACAGCUACUAAUGGGAGGAAGGUUCUUACUUUGUUUCCAAAUGGGGCUGAUUGAUUGAAUUCACAAGAGUUGAUUUCUCAGAUGGUCACUCGUAAUUUGUAACUUUUAACUUGUUCUGUCAAUUUUGUUUAUGGAUAUUUUUGGAAUAAUACUUUAGCCUUCGAUUUAGAACCUUUUGUUGGAUAGAUGUUGUUUCUGUUUGUCCUUUAUAAAACUGUGAAUUCACUUUCAAGUCCAUUGUGUUUUAAAGAAUUAGGAUUUGUUGCUUAGUGUCAAUGCUGAAAUUUGUUCACUUAGAUGAACUUGUACAAGUGUAA